CGUGUCCCUAGCGGCAGCCCGUAGCGGCGUCACAUGGUCUCACCUGGCCCAGGUGAGGGAGGGGCCGGACGCCGUUCACCUGGCUCGGCACAGGUGCCUGAGGUGGUGAGCCAUGCUGGGCAGGAGAACAAGACACCCCCAAGAAGUAAUCAGCAAACAUCGGAUGAACCUAUCCCACCAGGAUGCUGUGCCCCAAAGGAUCAACCCAUCCAAAGAGUGUGACAUCAGCCUGGAGGUGUUCAGCAAAUCCACACCUGAACUCAAACAGAGCCGCAAGCUGGCUCAGCAAGCACGGGACAGGAGAACCCGCAAAGCUGACCUCAAAGACUCCAACGGGAGGGAAGCAGAAACAAUUACCUUUAUUUCUGGCUCAGCAGAGGUUCCUCAGACCCAGAGUUUGUGCUGUCUUUCUUUGACUCAAGCCUGGAAUGCCUCCAAGGCCGUUCUCUGCUGUAUAGUGACUUGUGGGGGCUGCUUUAAGAAUUGCAGCAUUCACAUCCCCUGCCUGGGUCACACUGAGACUUCAAUUGAUGAUGGAAGAAACAGAGAGCAAAAUGGACAUGUGCCUAGCAACAGCCCUGGCAACAUCUCCCCCGCUGAAAAGAAUGGGAACCAGAUCAAAAAGAACGCGAUGGGGAGCAGCUUCAGUUACCCAGAUGUGAAACUGAAGGGGAUCCCUGUCUAUCCGAACCGGAGCCCUGGCAACCAUACAGAUGCAGAUUCGGGCUACAAAGAGCCUCUGCCAGAGAAGACCUUCAGGAACAGCAUAGAAAAACCACCACUCCCCAGCAGCCACCGGAGCUCGGAGGAGUAUUACUCCUUCCACGAGUCUGAUCUGGAUCUCAGUGAGUUGAGCAGCUCUAUGUCCAGCAAAGAGAUUGAUGUCCUGAUCUUCAAGAAACUGACAGAGCUCUUCAGCGUCCACCAGAUUGAUGAGCUGGCCAAGUGCACAUCAGACACUGUCUUCCUGGAGAAGACCAACAAGAUCUCAGACCUGAUCAAUAGCAUCACUCAGGACUACAACCUGGAUGAGCAGGAUGCUGAGUGCAGGCUAGUCCGAGGCAUUAUACGCAUCAGUACCCGGAAGAGCAGGGUCCGGCCCCCCAUUUCCAUUCCUGCCACCAAGAGCCACGAGCAGAAGGCGAGCAGAGGAAACCCACCGGACAGUGGCAAUGAAACCAUGCUGGAGUCCCUAAUCACCAGCCAAGAUGAUUUGGCUGUGCAGAUAUCAGAGGAAACCACAGCAGAUGUGAUAGCCAGGAAUAUGAGGCGGUUCAGCACUGCAGGGUCUCCAAUGAGCAGAGCUUCCUCCUACCAGGACACAGAGACAGAUUCGUCUGGAACACCGCUGCUUCAGGUUUACUGCUAGGAUCAUGGACCAAGGCAGCGCUCUGUGGCGGGAGAGGUCGCUGGGCCUUACGGCAAACAGAGCUCCUCAUCUCUUUUAAAAUAAAAUGUGCUAUGCCACUUUAUUUUCUUCAGUUCUCUUUUUCCCUUGUUAAAGUUCAACUUGCCCCUCAACCUGUGGGGUGCAUUGGCUUUUUUUUUUGUGGGGGAUCAUAACAGAACCUCGAGGAAAUGGACCAUGAAUCUAGUGAACUUACUCAGAUGGUGAGACAUAAGUUCAGGGAACAGAAGAUGGACCAGGGGAUCCUGACAAGAGGAAUUUGUUCUGCCUUUGUGGGAAUGUGCGGUUCUACUUCCGCUCUUGGAGUGCAGAUUUAGUACCCAACCAGAUGUCAGCCAUCCAGCUGAUGUCCAGCUCCGAGUCAGCUGUACAGUGUUUGCCCAUCUGGCACUGUAGAUGUUAAUGUAUGUUGUGUAGCUUUGUUGAUGAUCUCUACCACCCUGUGGAACGUCUUUCCAUUUGUAGCAGUUCUGUUGAAGUGAACGCCAAGGCUGUAAGAACACCCAGCUGUUUAAGAUCCCAGAUCUCUACUUACUGUUGCUGGCUUUGAUGGUCCCAGAGGCUGAGUCCUCUAUGCACAAUAGCCAGACAAGCUUUCUUGACAAAGUGCCUUACACCUGUUCUGGAGGGACCACCUCAGAAAAGAGAGGGUAGUACAGCCUCCAGGGUUCAUUUAAUCCUUGGCCUCUUUGUAGUGGGUGCCAACAAAGCAACCAAGCCAAUUAGUGCUAGUUGCAAUGUGGACAACUUGUUGAAGAGACUAACUGGACUGAGACCCAACUCUGGUCUCUCAGGUUAUCAUGCAAUCAUUGAAUAACAACUUUAAAUCACUGCCAGUCUGGUGAGAACCACUGACAUGAGGUAUUAAAUACACAGAUGUUGAUUUGUAAUUCAUUUGCCAAUCAGCUUUUCCCUCACUCAUCUGCCAAGGCUUACAUAGCCCUUGGUGGUCAUGUUAACUGUUGGAGAAAGCCUUGAACUUGGGUCUUAGCAGGUAAGCGAAAGAGCAGACUUUUUUUAAAAUUACAAAUCAGUCCUCCCUGUACCUCUGCCUGUGUGUAUGGGAUCUUAAAUGCUCUCUAGAAAUGCUCCCUGAAAAACUUUGCUGUUGCCUUUAAGGGGAGGGAGAAGGGCUUUGUGGGGGAACUCUCCAGGAAGUGUAUGUAGGGAACUGAUUAUUCCUGUGUAAAUGUGACUCUCGCUCCCCUUCGCCCAGGGGUGUUCAGCAUGCUCAGCUUCUUUCCUAGGAGUGGUGCCCUCCCUGCUGCAUCCAGUUACAAAAGAACAGGUAGUGUCGCCACCCUAAAGGCCCCAAACUGGGUGACCUUGAGGGCUGCAGCUUUGCAGAAGCCUGAGGGCUGCAACUCUCUGCCAUCUCCACUGGCUUGUUUAUCAGAAAGUAAACACACCCAGCCAUGAGAUUUGUUUAUACACCUCGGUGCCUUAGCAGGGGAAUAGCUUGUUGGUGGCAUUAAGCAGCAAUGAAACCAAAGUGUCCAGUGCUGCUAGAAACAGACAGUGGCAAAGGUGGGCUCUGGCCCUGGUGUAGGCCGCACUUCUGUGCUUAAGCUAAGGGAGGGUGUCUUGAGCUUGUAGGCUGGGACUCUAGAGCCUGUGUUUGCCUCCUGUGCUUUUCAAAGAUUUGGAGCUUUUAGUUCCUCACUUCACUAAGUAGGGCUUAUAUAGGUGGCAGUUGUGGGCAGAGCCAUUCACCUGAGCCACAUUUAAGUCCCACUCAGACCUACUUGCUGUUCUCGUAAAUUACUUGCUUUUAAAAAAUACAGAUUCAAUCAUGUCCCUUGAAACAUCAGAAACACUGGCUCAUGAAUCAGUGCUGACUCAGCAAUGAGAUUUUGGCUAAAUAACCGAUCCCACAGCACGUUGAAACCUCUCCCACAUUUGGCUGUGUUUUCUUGUGGCUCUGUGUUCCAUGUUUGGCGGGCUCAGAGGGAUGGUCUGGCAAUGCAGGGGUCACUGACGUUUUGGUGAGUUGAUUGUUUUUCCCUAGGCUUUGUUUUUAAAGCAAUGAAAUGUAAAUUUGAAAAAAAGCCCUCCCUCUUGUUCAUGACCCAAAGCGGUGGCCAGGACUCCUGGCAAACAGAGACUGGCUGUAAAUACGUAAUAUUUUGCAUACUACAUUUAAUGGGCCUUGCUGGCUCCUGGCUUCUGAACUAGUUUGUAAAUCUGUAUUCGGAUAAGUUUACUUUUUAAAAUGGACAUUUACGUGACAAGGUAGCCUGGUGCCUACUCCUGGGACAAACUGGGCAGUAGGUUGCAUGUAGCACCUAUGACGAGGCAGUUUCAGGAAGAGCUGCUAAUGGCUGCUGCCCAGAUGCAACAGCAGACUUUUACAACUGUUUAUACAGCCACUUAUGCCAAUAGUGCCUGACAAUGUAUGUGGAUUAAAACACCGAGUGAAAAAAAGGUGGGUGUUGGAGGUAUAAAACUAUCCCUGAAACCAUCUAACCUGUUGUAUGUUAUGUUUGUCUCCGUCUUUCUCACCGUUUUUUUUGUUUUUUUAA